AUGCAGACUGCCAAGGAUCCAACUUCGCGAUUAACGCGAUGGCGACUAAAACUUGAAGAAUAUGAAUUUACUGUAGUAUAUAAAGCUGGCAAAACAAAUAUCAACGCAGAUGCCCUUUCUAGGAAUCCACCUCAAACCGAUAUGGAAGUUGAUAGCAACCAGGCAAAGCAGGUUAUGAUGUUAACGAGAUCUGAAGCUGCAGCAGAAUUAAAAUCAAAAUCUACAGAUCAAGUUGACAAGACUCAACCAACUAAGGAUAUGGAAUUAGGAGGAAGACGAAAGGUUUCUCAGAAGAGAAAAAUCGCCAGUCGUGAUGAAGGGACACAGCCUCUCAGUGCUAAUCCAGACCCGAAGAAUAAAUCUAAAGCUCAUAGCUCUGAAAAAUCAGAGAAAGUACCAAGAUAUGCAACGCGGUUCCAGAAAAGGAAGACGCUACAGGCAUUGGAGAGGGAAGAAAAGAGUAGAAGAGGUCGCAGGAAGAGCACAAAAGGGUUGGUUGCCAGUAAGAUUGCAGCAAAAAAAUCAUUUGUCAAGAAAAAUGUUGCACAAAUUCCUCGAAAAAGAGGGAGACCGGAAAAGAUCAUAGAACUCAGCUCGAGUUCAGAAGAAGAGUUGAUGGAGGAAUUAGAAGAAGAUUCAGAUGGAGAAAAAUCCAGUGAGGAUGAAGAUUUAAAAGAAACUGAAGAAAGUAGUAAAAGCGAAAAUGAAGAGAAAAGGUCAGACAGCGAAGAAGUACAUGAGGAGCUCGAGAAAAGUGAGGAGCAUGCCAGUGGCAAGGAAAAAGAGGAAACACCACAGGGCUGGUACAAGUCAGGUGUCUGGGAAGAAAUUAGUAUAGACGCUGACUCAGAAGAUUCAGAGAUAGGGGAUUUCAGUGAAAAAGAAAUUUACAAUGAAAAUAUUGAAAGUGAAGAGGAGCAAGAAGAAAAAAUUGAUGAUAAACCUAUGAGAUCAGGAAAAGGGAGACGAAGAAGGAAAUCCACAAGAUGGAGGGUCAAGGAGAUUGAAAGAAAGAUCCUUAUUACCAAGGUUUAA